CCCCGGCUCCCCGUGGUCAAACUGGAGUCGCUGAAGCGCUGGAACGAAGAGAGGGGCCUCUGGUGCGAGAAGGGGGUGCAGGUGCUGCUGACCACGGUGGGCGCCUUCGCAGCCUUCGGCCUCAUGACCAUCGCCAUCAGCACCGACUACUGGCUGUACACGCGCGCCUUCAUCUGUAAUACGACCAACCUCACGGCCAGCGACGACGCGCCGCCCCACCGCGGGGGCAGUGGCUCCUCGGAGAAGAAGGACCCCGGCGGCCUCACCCACUCGGGGCUCUGGAGGAUCUGCUGCCUGGAAGGGUUGAAAAGAGGCGUCUGCGUGAAGAUCAACCAUUUCCCGGAGGACACGGACUACGAUCAUGACAGCGCGGAGUAUCUGCUCCGGGUCGUGCGGGCCUCCAGCAUCUUCCCCAUCCUCAGUGCCAUCCUGCUGCUGCUCGGGGGCGUGUGCGUGGCGGCCUCCCGGGUCUAUAAAUCCAAGAGGAACAUCAUUCUGGGCGCAGGGAUCCUGUUCGUGGCAGCAGGCCUGAGCAACAUCAUCGGCGUGAUCGUGUACAUCUCGGCCAACGCGGGCGAGCCGGGCCCGAAGCGGGACGAGGAGAAGAAGAACCACUACUCGUACGGCUGGUCCUUCUACUUCGGCGGGCUGUCGUUCAUCCUGGCCGAGGUGAUCGGCGUGCUGGCCGUCAACAUCUACAUCGAGCGCAGCCGCGAGGCGCACUGCCAGUCUCGCUCGGACCUGCUCAAGGCCGGCGGGGGCGCGGGCGGCAGUGGCGGGAGCGGCCCCUCGGCCAUCCUCCGUCUGCCCAGUUACCGCUUCCGCUACCGCCGCCGCUCCCGCUCUAGCUCCCGCUCCAGCGAGCCGUCGCCGUCGCGGGACGCGUCUCCCGGCGGCGCCGGGGGCCCGGGCUUCGCCUCCACGGACAUCUCCAUGUACACGCUCAGCCGCGACCCGUCCAAGGGCAGCGUGGCCGCGGGGCUGGCGGGGGCCGGCGUCGGCGGCGGCGGUGGCGGUGGCGGAGGCGGCGGUGGUGGUGGUGGUGGCGGUGGCGGCGGCGGCGGCGGCGGCGGCGGCGGGGCGUACGGCGGUGCGGGCGCGGGCGGCGGCGGGGCGGGCGCCGAGCGGGACCGCGGGGGCGCGCCCGGCUUCCUCACGCUGCACAACGCCUUCCCCAAGGAGGCGGGCGGCGGCGUCACGGUCACGGUCACCGGGCCGCCCGCCGCGCCCGCCCCGCCCGCGCCCGCGCCCUCCGCGCCCGCCCCCGGGACCCUGGCCAAGGAGGCCGCCGCCUCCAACACCAACACGCUCAACAGGAAAACCACGCCGGUGUAG